GAUAUCGGUUCAGAAAGCGCUGCUGGGGUUAGGGUUAGGGUUACUCGCCUCAUCACAUGAUUGUUCGUGGCUGGGAGAGGCAAGCGCUUGCUGACUCACACACCUCCGACUUAUCCUGCAAGAAGGGCAUCUCAGAUCCGUAUUACACCAUGGUUUACAUUGAAAGCCAUACAGACACGCACUUGGAGCGGAGGAGGGAAUUGGAGAGGGUUUUGUAUCAGGACAUUCAAGAGCUGGAACUCCUCCAAGAAAGCCUAAGCAAAACUUCUGUACUCUCCGAGCGUAUUGAGACAAUGCUGAACUCCUUUGAUGUGCGACUGGGCAAACUUGAGACGUCGAUACUACCUAUACAUCGGAGUACGCAAAAGCUCACAAAACUUUAUGACCAUAUCAGUUCGUCGUUGGAUCAGGUUCAAAUUGUGGUAGAUUAUUUUGAUAUUGGGACAAAGGAGGAACCGUUUAUUGCCAAAGGGCCACAGGAGGAGGACAUGGCACCUUUCUUGAAAUCGGUUGAGUCGCUCAAAGAUGCGUUGACUUAUUUACAAAAGACGAAAUACAAGGCUUCCGACCGGGCCAUUAUUCAUUUGAAAUAUAUGCUCACGAAAGCCCUCGGUCAACUCAAUAACCUCUUUCGAAAAUGGCUCACAACCGCCAGUACACCCCAUGAUCCCCAAGCAAACCCAGAUCCUCCCCAGAUUCCGGAACCAACACUCAAAAACAUACAAAAACUCGCCACGGAGCUCCAAACGUCCAGUAUAGGCGACCUGGAUUUUCCACCAGUCUAUCUCAAGAUCUACGAAGAAGUUCGCACGCAGUUCUUGGUUAGGUGCUUGGCGUCCCUUGUUGCAACUGCGAGGGAACAGGAGAAAGUAGAUCGAAAGGCAUAUCAGAAGGGCACAUGUGCAUUCGUUCCGCUUGUUGGAUGGUUGUUGAAACUACUCAAGGCCGAAAAAGACCUUGUAAACAAACUCCUGCCCAAAUCAUCCGCACCCACAAUUUUCCAAACCACCAUUGCUGCCCCGAUUGAUACGGUCGUUGAAAUCGGGGAAGCCAUGUGUGCGCGUGUCAAGAGGAAUGUUGCCAAGAGAGAGUAUGCGGAUGUGUUUCUUUUGGUAGACGUUGUGGAAGGCUUAUUGGGAUAUUUGAAAGAGUUUGAGGGUGUUAUUGCGUAUGCUGGAGCAAAGGGGAACGACAUCGUCGAGCUGGCAGGGAAUUGCAAAGCGGUUGUCGUUCAGGCUCUCGGACAGUUUUGCGAGGAUGUCAAGAACGAUACAAAUAAGGGAUCAGUAGCUGCUGACGGGACAGUGCACGAGUUGACCAGUACGACGCUCAACACCCUUCGACGAUUGGUCGACUAUCACACCGCCAUUGACCUGAUCAUCUCUGAUGCAGCACCCCCACUCACAUCCCAACGAUUCACAUCCCUCCUCUCAACCGUCCUCUCAGCACUGUACACAACCAUCGACCAAAAAUCUAAAUCAUACAAGAAACCCACAUUGGCGUCCAUUUUCUUAAUGAACAAUUACCAUUACGUUUAUAAGAAUUUACGGGCAAGUCGACUUGCGGAUGUUGCUGAGUCUGAUGAUGUGGAGAGGGUUGAAAAACUUUGGGGAAGACAGAGGGAGGUAUACAGAGAUAGCUGGAAACCGGUCAUUGAGGCCAUAACUGAUAAGGGCCUAGCGAUCGCCCCUAAUACAAAGACCUUAACCAAAUCGCAGAAGGAAACAAUCAAGGAUAAAUUCAAGUCAUUCAACAAUGAGUUCGACGAAACUUAUAAGCAACAGAAAACCUACUCGAUACCCGACCCUGAACUCCGCGCUGUAGUCAUCAAAGACGUAAAAGCGAUUUUAUUACCUUUCUACAGAGGGUUUCAUGACAAGUUUAUUGGAAUGGAGUUUACGAAGAAUCUCGAUAAAUACGUUCGAUACUCGCCAAAAACUCUCGAAUUGGCUAUCGAAAAGUUCUUCGAUACUGGUGCUUUGUAGAAUGAUUUUCGGUUUCGUACUAUAUCCACCGGUAGUUCUGCCCAUAGAUGUAGUUUUAAAAGAUUUGUUAGCAUGGAUUUGUUUCAAUGCAUUUAUUUAAGUGAAAAGGAUCGGAGACGAUGAUAAGUAAAAGUUUUGGAUCUGGCAAUGUAAGGAUAAAAGAAGUACAUUUACAAGUCGGAGAAUAAUGAUUACGUAAGCUAUUGAUCGG